AUGCCCAGCGCUCUUACCAAAGUCAUUUACAAGCCCGACUCACAAUCAACCGAUGAAUUUAUGAUCAUCGUAAACCCAGAUGCUUAUAAGAAGUGGAAGGAUGGCGCAUUUACUGUGUUCCAUACCGGUCAGGGCUCGCAAGGAAUCCUCCGUCAACCAUCAAAACAGCAGCUUGACACUGUCUUCGGGACACACAAGGACAUUGAUGUUGUGGAAUUCAUGCUGAAGAAUGGAAAGGAGCAAAGUGGUGAAGGUAUCAAGGAUGCUUUCAGCCUUAACCUCGCACGAGGAAGCAAUAUAGUGGACAGUCGCGGAAAGGGUCUAACUGGCAUCUAG